ACAUGGCUGAGAUGGAUAAGUUAUACAUCGUGAUUGAGGUGUUAAUUGCUAUUCUCUCCAUAUCCGGCAACAUACUGGUCUGCUGGGCCGUCGCCAUCAACACCACUUUGAAGAACGCUACCAACUAUUUCCUAGUGUCCCUGGCCGUGGCUGAUAUUCUGGUCGGUUGCCUCGCCAUCCCCUUCGCCAUAACCAUCAGCAUCGGCAUACAUCUGGACUUCUACGGAUGCCUGUUCCUGGCCUGUUUUGUCUUGGUACUGACCCAAAGCUCCAUCUUCAGCCUUCUCGCUAUUGCAAUCGAUAGAUAUCUGGCCGUCAAGAUUCCUCUGAGGUACAAGGAGUUGAUGACGGGAAAGACCGCCAGAGAGAUCAUCGCUAUUUUAUGGAUCCUCUCCUUUGUCAUUGGCCUUAUCCCUUUCUUUGGCUGGAACUUAAAGUCCACGGGCUGCGGGAACAGCGUCUCUGGGGCGGACAACGCCACAAGCGGCGCCGUGGUGGAGCCGAGGGGCGGAGGAGACCUGGCACACAGCUGCAAGCUCAAGUGCUUCUUUGAGAGUGUGGUGGACAUGGGCUACAUGGUCUACUUUAAUUUCUUUGUGUGCGUGCUGCUGCCGCUCCUUAUCAUGCUGGGCAUUUACAUGAAGAUCUUCACUGUGGCCAGGAAGCAGCUGAGACAGAUCGAGCUCAAGUGCGUGGGCAACGGGGACAGCCCCCACCGCGGCCUGCUGCAGAAGGAGAUCCGGGCCGCCAAAUCGCUCUCCAUCAUCGUCGGACUGUUCGCCGUGUGCUGGCUGCCCGUCCACAUCCUCAACUGCCUCACGCUGUUCUACAAGGAGCUGCAGAAGGACAAUGUCGUCAUGUACGUGGCCAUCAUUCUGUCCCACGCCAACUCCGCGGUCAACCCCAUCAUCUACGCUUACCGCAUCCAGGACUUCAGGAACACCUUCCGCAAGAUCCUGGCGCAGCACUUCCUUUGCCGCAGGGAGGAACUGUACCUCAGCUCCAACGGCAGCAGACAUAACAGAGACCAGAUCCACAUGACCAUUGACCCUCUGCUAUAAAGACAGAGCGGGUGGUUUCAUCUUUGUCGACUUUGUGUUUCAGCCUUGACUUUAAUUUCCACUGAGGUUUAUAUGUUUACAGAACAAGGGUAAUGUGGGAAGAACUGAUGUCAAGCGCCUUGAAUGUGGACAUUUAUUUAUGAAUCGGGUCAGGCGGUGUAAUGUUGAGUCUUACAUAACCCUUUGUCUUGUGAAGGAUUGUUUUUUUUUAAAUCACAUUGACGCUAGCUGGAUUUGCAGGACUGUGAACAGAAUCCAAAUCAUUUUAAAUCCACACUGACUAAACUAACACUCAUUUUCACCUGCUAUUUUAUAUUGUCAGCAAUUAUUAAUUUAUCUAAAGAUCAAAAAACCGUAUGUGGCUAGGACUGUGCUUGUGGACCUUGAGAGGCACAAUGCUACUAGCAUAUCUUUCGUUAAUUUUGCGCUCACUUACAUUAAUUCCUAUUCGCAACCAUCACCAAAUUCAUCUAAAAAAAAUACUUUUUGUAUCAAUACUUUCUUUAUAGCAGCGAUGCUACUGAGCUGUUGCUUCAACUAAGUGCCCGUGUUGUCCCGCUGGCAGUAAAUGCUCCACAAAGAAACAAUUGUUAAGACGGAGGGAUAAGGUUGUCUAGAGAGGGCUCAACGAUCACAGGGACCGCCAUACGUACUUGAUCAGAAGGGGGGGGUUGCAAACAUAGGACAGAAAUGCUUUGCCUAUCCCAUGAAUCAUCUCCCAUCUGGGAACCCCUCUGGCUAAGCGCAUUGUUGUGGCGACUAAAACAAAAACAAGCAUGAUCCGAUUCAGUCAUGUAGACCCAGACAGCAGUAGUUAAGCCAAACAUACCUGCGGUGGUGCUCCAUAUAUAAUUUGUAUGUUGACAUUUGUCCAGACAAGCUCAGGAAGUGAGAAAAUGAUUGUACCCUUUAUAAAAAUGUGGCAUUCACAGAGACGUUUUGCUCUGAGCCACCAAAUGUCCAAUUUGAUACUUAAAUCAAUGCAAUUUGUGUUUUUCCUCAUCACCCAUGCUUCUGGUACUGAUGUACCUUGUGGCUUACAUCGCUUAAAGCACUAUUUACAAUGACCCCCCCCCCCUCCACCUCAGACACAGCUGGGAACCUCAAGCUCUCAUCUGCCCUGGAUGGCAUAGCCAGUCCUCCAACAAGCCGUUAAAAGGCACCGACAAGACGCAGAUGAGCGGUUUUAUUUGAGAAAACAUUCUGUUUAAAGGGUGGAACCUCUAAAAUAUGUUGCACUGAGGACUCAUUUCACUUUAUUCUUUAGUGCUACGAAAAGCCGGGACUCACAAACAAGUCCAGCUGAACCCCAAAAACGUAUAAAGUCAUUUUGAAGCACAUAAAACUGAUGAAAUGUUUUCUGAGAAGCAAAUUUUAACUUCUAUGCGCCAGCCAGCGCUCGUAUGCAGCAUCGUUGUUUGAGGCAACACAAAACUUAAAAAGCACCUGUGCUCUGUCUCUGUAUUUUUUUCUUGUUAUUUUGUGGUUGCAGGGGUCAGCAUUAUUGUGAAUGGUCCUGUUGGGCUCAAAGAACGUAAAAAAUUGGCAUAUGGUGAUUGGCUUAAAAAAAAAGGGUUUUGUAUUUAAAUCAGAACAAAGCAGAGUUCUGCUUAGGGUAUAACUAUUGAAAAAUAACGAGGGUCACCUCAGAACCAUCAAUACACAAAUGAAAACACAUGCACUGACAUUUUAGAUUAGUUCCUGUUUAGUGUGCGUUACUGGUGGUGGUGAACCAUGUCGUGUUGGUGUUCUAAGACUUGUGAGCCUCCACUAUUCACUACCGCCCUUCAUUUGUCGUUGUGUCCGGUGUAACACCUCCAACUCCAAGGGCUAAAUACAAGAAUGUGCAUCGAGUUUGCAAAAUGAGUUUUAGUACAUUCCAAUGGAGACAUUAUACUAUAACUGCACUGUACUGUUGUGUCCUUGUUGUUGCGUAAGAAAUGUACUGUAGGUAACUUUCUACAAGCUAUUGAUUAAUGUCAAACUAUUGCCUUCUUUUGUGAUUCUUAAAGGUAAGAUGGACACAAACAUGUUGAUCUGGUUCAACAUUCCUGCCUUUCAUUCCGAAGUACCUAUCAGUCUGUCAGUAUGCUAUAGUGUUGUAAUUCUAAUCAGGAGAAACAUCCACCGGGGUCAAGCUGAUGUUCAACCUUUCAAGAGGCCAUCCGAGAUUUCAUUCAACAAGCCUCCAACUGAUACUGAUAUUUAACAUAAUGCAACCUGUGUGUAUGGUGAAUUAUUUUGUUGAUAAAGGCAAUGUUUAUAUUG